AUGUCCCUCCACACUUACGACCUGUUUUUAUCGAAGGAUUCAGGAGUCGAAUCUACCGCCAAGAAGUCCUACUCGCUUUUCUGUCUGGCUUCUGCAACUACGGCUGUUGCUGUAAGGAUACCAACAGUCGCACAAGAUCUUGCAGCUCUGGUCUCGACUUCUUCGUCAGUUUCAAUUGAACUCCAAGCAAGAUGGAGCAACUUCAACGCACCACUGCCGUCAGUCGUAGUCAAUGUUACGUCAGAGAAAGAUGUCGCUGCGAUCAUCAAGUACUGUACUAAGGCAAAUGUUCCUUUCUUUCUUGGCAGCACUGGUGUGCUAAUCAAUCCUGUUGGGCUCAAUGCAGACACUGUCAGUAAAGACAAGAAGCAAGCCACCAUCGGCGGCGGUGCGAGUAUAGGUGAUACUAUUGCAGCGGCUGAUGCUGCUGGCCAUGGCAAUCCCAUGGGUGAAAUCGGCUUUAGCCUCGACAACAUCAUUUCUCUGCGCGUUGCAACCGCUGACAGCUCAAUCGUCACCGUCUCCAGAACCUCUCCUCCGACCGACACUGCUCACGCAGUUACAACCUCCUAUCCCGAUCUGUUCUGGGCCCUCCGCGGCGCUGGACCAAAUUCUGGCGUCGUUAUCUCAGCAACUGUAAACGCCAAACCUGCCACUUUCACCGACCGCACAGCCUGGAUCAACAGCCUCUUCUUCACGCCCGACAAACUCCCUCGAAUUGCCCAAGCAAUCCAAGACCUCCCUCUCACCCAGAACAACCCGUCUACCUCGUUUCUGACCAGCUCCGGACCACCGCUCAACGAGCCAUCUGUCCUUGUAACAGGCCUCCUGCGCAAAGACACUGACGAAACCGGUCGUGCGGCAUUCAAUUCCAUUUAUGACCUCGGCCCCUCGAGUAACUCCAGCGCCAUAACACCGUACACGAACUGGAACGAUGCGAAUAUUGGGUUCUGCACACGCGGUGACCCCAAGGGCCCCAACUCAAUGGUGCUCAUAGAGCGGUAUAAUCUUACCAAAGCAAGAUCGGUGCCUGCAGGUAACGCUGCUUUCAAUCCGGCGCUGAGGGAUUCAGCGUUCGCGCAGGCGAUUGUUGUUCCGCGGUACACUGAUGCUGUUCUGGAUGCUGAAGCCAACAAGUUCGGGAAGAAGGUGCAGAAUAUUCGGAGUGAUAACGUUGAUGCGAUGAAAAAUCCUACAUACGCGAGUUUCGCACAUGGUGGUGAGAGUCUGGAGGCUAUUUAUGGGACGAGUCUGCCCAAGCUGAGGGAGCUGAAGAGGAAAUGGGAUCCGAAGGGGGUGUUUGGGCAGUGGUUUCCUAUCCAAUAA